CACCACACCCCCCACAUUUUGUGAAUCCCUCUGCACUUUGAAGCAAGGUUAAAUCACCCAACCAAAACCCUAGGUCCUCCCUGCAACGGUUCUGCCGCAGUGCUGCCGCCGUCCGUGGCCAGGCCCUCUCUUGUAGCUUGGCCUCCUCCUUCCCCCUGUCCUCCAUCCGUCCUCCAUGGCUUCUCUGUUUUGUUGGCUUGGAGCAGCUCGCCACUCGCCGUCGUCUCCCCGGUCGCCGUCCGUGACUCCGUCGAAGAAAUAAAUACUUGAAUAUGUGAGCCCUUCUAUUCAAGAAUUAUGAUCUGCAAUGGGUAUCUGUCCCUUGUUGAGUUCCUAGACGUUGUAUGCUCCAUAUGUCACGGGCAGGAUUCAACCACUCUUAAUUAUUUUAAUUUUUGUUAAAAAUGUAUAACUAUUUAUUUUAGAACUUGUAAAUUAUUCAAAAUCUUUGUAACCUUGUUUAAUUUAUUUUUGAGUCUGAUAGGCUUGCUAGGGAACUGUUCCCCUGGCGCCGGUCAUGGUUCAAAAUGAACCAUGACAUACUAAUUGUUUCAUAGAUAACCAUCCAAGCUUUAUAAGGCAACUGUUCCACUGGAUUAUGGUGGUGAUGUUAUUAGACUGUUGCUUUAUUGAAGUAUCUUUCAACAAAGACUUGGCAGAAAGACAUGAGAAAACAUAUUUUAUAUCUUUGCGCUUAUUUUUGUCUAUGGAAAGCUGCAAUUUUUGCAUGCUCUCGGUGUAUUAAAACUCUCUUACAAUAUGAUUAAACGAUGAAAGGAUAUAUAAAUUUGGAAAUUUACAGAUUUUCAGGCCCAUCACCCAUAGAAUUGCUGGUUUGUUAGUUGCAGUUCUUCAUGCAACUUUGUCAAAGAUGAUUUCAUUCGGAAGUGACUAUACAACCAAAUUUUCAAACUUUUAAAUUGCUGGUUUAUUAGUUGCAGUUCUUCUUUAUCAAAGAACUUGUCACUCACAAGUUGUUGUACAACCAAUUUUUCAAACUUUUAUGUCAGUUACUUAAGAUUUUGAAACUUGAGUGUGGUGAAUAGGGAUCUUCUUUUGAAUAAUUAAAAAGUUUAUUUUACAAAAUUGUUUAAUCAUGUUUGUUAUUUUAGAUCACCAUUCACGUGUUGAUUGUAAAAAGUGAUUAUUUUUACUAACAUCAUCCAUAUGUAAUUAGAUGCACAUAUAAAAUUGCUUUACAUUAUCCGUAUAUCAAAAUUAAAUUCAUAAUUUAAUUAUUCCCUUCGAAGUUCAUUGAAACCGAACAAUUCAGGCAUUUGACAAUAAUUUUUUCUUUUUUUUCCUUUUUGAGUUUGUUGAAUUUUGAUCACUUAAUUUAUUAUACAUGAUAAAGUAUAAGGGGAGGAUUAGGCACUAGUCAAAUUCAGAUAAUAAUGGCUAAUAGAAAAAAUGAAAACUGAUAACCACAUCUAGAAUGCGACAGAUUAGAACUACAUACUAUGUACUCUAAUUAAUGCAAGACAAAAAGUUCUGCAAAUGAAGCAAUGAUUUGAGCCAGUAUUAUGUGAGACUAUCUUAUCACACUGCAUUGCCAAAGUGGCAUAUAUUUCACAAAGCAUCACCCUCCAUUAUAUUCCUACUUAGUUUAACAGAGUACCCUGUUUUGUAACAUACAUCUCUUGCAAGCAGCAACCUUAAGUAGAUUAUCUUCUGAUUCUUAACUUUUAACAUGUCAAUUCAACUAAGCAAAGUACCCUUCUUUUGUAAUAUACAUCUCCAGAAACCAGUAACCUUGGAUAAUAUUUUCUCAACUGAGACUCUCCCUAGAGGAAGAAGAAUGUAAGAACUCAAUGCAAUCUUGGACUGCUUUAGCACGGUGCGAAUCCGUGUUGUCUGAUAAUGGUCGUGGCCUAAUCGAAGAAGAAGCAGAUGAGAAAGAAGAAACCUUUCUUGAGGAUCUCCUCCUCAUAGAAGCAACUCUUAUAACACUUGCAACCUUUGCUCCAAGCCUUAGUAGGAACCUCACAGGUGACAACCUUGGAUCUUUAGGCAACCUCAAAGACCAUGUUCCAAUGACCCUUUUCCUGUUUCUCUUGAGAAAGAUGGUCUCUUUCUCAUUGACAUCAACACUAGAGCACAUUCUGGACAUGUAUCUGAAAUUUCCAAUUGCAGAUAAAGCCAAUUGGUAACAACUUUUUUGUAGAAAAUAAACAGAGGAGAGGCAGAGAGGGAAAAAGAAGCAAGAGGAGACAGUUGGAAAGGUUUUGAAAGUGGGCAUAAAUAUAUAGAAAUCAAGAUUUUAAGAAACUUGCUAAUUAGCCUAGUUUUAUAACUACAAUGCAACUAAAGUAUAUAUAUAGUAGGAUCAAAGUUCUAUUGGGGGGCUGUUAUAUAUAUCAGAUAAUAUCUAUCAGUUCGUUGUCAAAAUCCUCGAAUGAUGUCAAGAAAUUUCAGGGAGACUAAAUAUAACAUUAGACUAUUAUUAAACCCUGUCUAUAUAAAUUCAUUCAUCUACAAUAUUAUACAGACACGAAUUAAUAAAUAAAAUGUAGAGUAAACACACAUGAACAAUGAUGAUUACGUACGUACCCUUCUCAAGAAAAAAUAAAGAUGAAAUAUAAAUAGUAAAACAGCUGGUGUCAGAAGCAAGGUUAUAUUAUGUCUACAAUAUUCAAUAAACCAACCAUUUAUUUAACUUAUCUAAGUUGGAGAAACUUAUUGUCUUUGUGAUUGAAAAACUUGUUCAUCUUCCAAACUUUCCUAUCCAACCAAGAAGUUUAACUGUUUCAUGUAAUUAUGAUGUUACUUCACUUCAUCAAAGGUGACAUACACAUACCAGUUUUGCUGCUACUAACACUUAGCUUCUGCCAUGUUGCAAAUUCCUUAUUAGACACCAUAACCUCCUCUAAUUACAUCCUUAAGGACCCCGAAACCUUAAUCUCCACCAACACUUUGUUCCAUCUAGGAUUCUUCACUCCUUCUAACUCAUCAACCUUGUCCUACCUCGGAAUUUGGUACAUGUCCAAAUCCUCUGUGGUCUGGGUUGCCAACAGAAACCAACCUAUAAAGGAUUCUUCUUCAGGGCAUCUCAAAAUAUCUGAGGAUGGAAACCUUUAUGUCAUGAACCAACAGAAGCAGAUUCUUUGGUCAUCAAACAUCACAAAUAUUACAUCCAACACAACGGCACAGCUUCAGAACACCGGAAACCUUGUGUUGCAAGAAAUCACCACAGGAAGGAUCCUUUGGCAGAGUUUCCAGCACCCUGCAGAUACUUUCUUGCCGAAAAUGGAGCUUAGCACCAAUGAGAUUACCGGCCAGAGAGUGAAACUCACCUCAUGGAGAACUCCUAAUGAUCCAUCCAAAGGAGACUUCACUAUGAGUCUUGAACCCCUUCACAUCGCUCAAGUGUUCAUAUGGAGAGGAACUCAACCUUAUUGGAGAAGCGGUCCAUGGAACGGUCAAGUUUUUAUUGGGAUACCUACUAUGAACGCGAACUAUCUUGACGGGUUCUCCUUAGAUGGUGAAGGUGAAACCAACGGCACUUACUACCUCUCAUACAACUAUGCGAAUGUGUCAAUGAUGUAUGUGUUGAGUUCUGAUGGAAACCUUCAUGAAACCUAUUGGGAUUAUGCAAAGAGAGAUUGGAUUGUGGACUGGUCUGCUGUAAGCUCUGUGUGUGAUUUUUAUGGAGAGUGUGGUCCCUUUGGAAGCUGUGAUCCUAAAAAUUCACCUAUCUGCAGCUGUUUGAGAGGGUUUGAGCCAAAGAAUGCUCAAGAGUGGAAUAAACAAAACUGGAGCAGCGGUUGUGUGAGGAAGAAGCCUCUGCAGUGUGAUGAGAGAGUCAGAAAUAAUAGGAGUAGUGAUGGGUUUGUGAAGCUGCAAAAUGUCAAGGUUCCAGAUUUUUCACAGUGGUUGUCUUCCAUUGCUUAUGAUUGCAGAACUGAGUGCUUGGCAAAUUGCUCUUGCAUUGCAUACGCUUAUGAUUCUGGCAUUGGCUGCAUGUUAUGGUGUGGAAACUUGAUUGACAUACAGCAGUUCUCAAUGGGAGGAAUUGAUCUUUACAUUCGAGUUCCCUCUUCGGAACUUGAGAAGAAAAAUCACACACUGAUCAUAGUUCUUUCGGUCAUAAUAGCAAUGGCUCUUAUUGUGGCUUGUGCAUAUAUCUUGAGGAAAAGGGCAAUCAGAGGAGUGAAAGCACUUCAAAGAAUUCAGAGAAGAAGUUAUGUUAAUGAUACAAGUCAAGUUGAACUUCCGGAGAAUUCACUAUUUGAGCUUGAAAAGCUUGCUACUGCAACAAACAACUUCCACUCCAAUAAUAAGCUAGGACAAGGUGGUUUUGGAUCUGUAUAUAAGGGUAGAUUGGAAGAUGGACAGGAGAUAGCAGUUAAAAGACUUUCAAAAACAUCUGGACAAGGUGUAGAAGAAUUUAUGAAUGAAGUUAUGGUAAUAUCAAAACUUCAACAUCGAAAUCUUGUCAGCCUUCUUGGAUGUUGCAUCGAAAGAGAUGAAAAGAUUUUGAUCUAUGAAUACCUACCAAACAGAAGUUUGGAUGCACAUAUAUUUGAUCAAUCAAACCAGAUAUUGAAUUGGGAAAAACGUUUUAGUAUAAUCGAUGGAAUAGCUCGGGGUUUACUUUAUCUUCACAGAGAUUCUAGACUGAGAAUUAUACAUAGAGAUUUGAAGUUGAGUAACAUACUGCUUGAUGAAGAGUUAAAUCCAAAAAUUGCGGAUUUUGGCCUGGCAAAAAUUUUUAGUCGAACCGAAGAUGCAGUCAAUACUAGAAGAGUUGUUGGAACAUACGGCUAUAUGUCACCAGAAUAUGCUAUGGAAGGACUAUUUUCAGAGAAAUCUGAUGUAUUUAGCUUUGGUGUUUUGCUGUUGGAGAUUGUGAGUAGAAGAAAAAAUACCAGCUUUUGUGAAGAUUCUAAAUCUUUGAGCCUCUUGGGAUUUGCAUGGAAUUUAUGGAAUGCUGAUAACACUGCAUCUCUAAUAGAUCCAGAAAUAUCAAGUUCAUGCAACAAAGAAGAUAUAAUGAGGUGCAUACAUAUUGGUCUUCUAUGUGUACAAGAACUUGCAAGAGAUAGGCCUACAAUGACUGCAGUGGUUUCAAUGCUUAAUAGUGAGACUGUUAAUCUUCCUUCUCCCAAGCAGCCAGCAUUCGUUCAGAGGCAGACUCUGCUGGAUAUAGAGUCUUCUAUGACAAAUGAUGGAUUUUGCUCGAUUAAUAAUGUGAGCCUAACAAAUGUCCAAGGAAGAUAAAACACUUUGUUUGGGAUACAGCAAAAUUCUGAACAAUAAUGUGAUUCAAAGUUUAUUUUUAGAAAAAUCUCAUGUAUUUAGCUUUGGCGUCUUACUGUUGGAGAUUGUGAGUAUGAGGGAAAAAUACAGGUUUUUGCAAGGAUGCAGAAUCUUUCAGUCUUUUUAGGAUUUGUAAGCUUCUCAUGUUAGUUACCUUUCUUUUCAAAUUCAAAGUCAGUAUUUGAUUUUGAUGAUGUCAUGCAGACUUUAAAGCUUAACAGCAAGUUCAUGUUUGUAAAUUUUUGCAGGCAUAGAAUUUAUGGAAUGCUGAUAAGGUUACAUCUGUAGUGGAUCCAGCAAUAUCAAGUUCAUGCGACUUCAAAGUCCAAU